AUGAAAUUGGGGGAAUUUUCAUUCUUGUUUAUAGGUGAGAGUGGCCCCAUCACCUUCACUCAAUCACCACACCUUCAUUCAUUGCAUCAUCAAUAGAAACCCCCCAAACACCAAAAUCACUUGCACUACUCAACAACCCAAAUGAAACCCUUCAUUUUUCUGCUAUUUUCUUCAAUCUUGGUGCAUACCCACUUCAAAAUAUCAUCUGGGGUUUCAAUUUUAGACCCAGAUUUGGUGAAAGUAGAUGGAUUUGAUUCAAUGGGGAAGAGGGUUUGUGAUGGUGAUGAAAUGAUGGAAUCUGAGAGCAGUAGGAGGAGGGUGUUGUUGAUGAGGAAAAGGUAUAUAAGUUAUGAGACGUUGAGGAGGGAUGUGGUACCUUGUGGUACACCUGGUGCUUCAUAUUACAAUUGUAGAGCCAAUGGCAAUGGGAUCGCAAACCCUUACAAUAGAGGCUGCCAAAUCAUUACCAGAUGUGCUCGAGAUGCUAUUAAUACAUGAUCUUGAAUCGGUAAUGUGUUCGUCUUUUUGCGUACUAUAUGUAUACACUCUUUAGCAGGGGGUUCGAUUGGGAUCUUGAUUCUUGUUGGUUUACAAUAAUGGAAUUGGAAUUGGAAUUGGAAUUGGAAUUGGAAUGUGUGUUAAUAAGUUGGGUUUUUGAAAGAAAUAGAAUCGUUGUAUGGUGUAGUUUUGGUUAUAAAACCAAUUAGAUUUGUUGUUUCGUAUUGAAAGAUGGUUUUUUAUUGAUUUUGGAUGCUUGUGAGUUGUGAAUGUAAUAUUUUUUGUAUUCAAUAUGUAAUGAAGUAAUGAUGAUUAAAGAAAUGAGGUUUAUGAAA